AGAAACCGGAAGUGGGAUUGCGGACCUACGAGCCAGGCUGGCAGCAGCUCGGGACUACAACUGUACUCCGAACGCCCUGCCAUCAGAUCUGUGCUGCUGCCUCCCAGGAAAAGUCGUGAGACCAUGUCGAAUAUGGAGAAACACCUAUUUAACUUGAAGUUUGCUGCAAAAGAACUUAAUAGGAAUGCCAAGAAAUGUGAUAAAGAAGAAAAAGCUGAAAAGGCCAAGAUUAAAAAGGCCAUUCAGAAAGGUAAUACAGAAGUUGCAAGAAUACAUGCUGAAAAUGCAAUCCGCCAGAAGAACCAAGCAAUUAAUUUCUUGAGAAUGAGUGCUAGGGUUGAUGCUGUGGCAGCCAGAGUUCAAACUGCAGUAACAAUGGGCAAGGUAACCAAGUCCAUGGCAGGUGUAGUUAAGUCUAUGGAUGCUACGUUGAGAAGUAUGAACCUUGAAAAGAUUUCUGCCCUGAUGGACAAAUUUGAACAGCAAUUUGAAACACUGGAUGUUCAAACACAACAAAUGGAAGACACAAUGAGUAGUACUACAACCCUAACAACACCACAAAACCAAGUGGAUAUGCUGCUUCAAGAAAUGGCAGAUGAAGCUGGCCUUGAUCUCAAUAUGGAACUACCGCAAGGUCAGACCGGUUCUGUUGGCACAAGUGUUACUUCCACAGAACAGGAUGAACUAUCACAGAGACUUGCUCGUCUACGUGAUCAAGUGUAAUUUAAAGAACUGGUGCUUUUGUUUACUUCACUUCUAAAAUAUUUUGUGUGUAUAUAUAGAUAAGUUUCACUUCAGUUACACUGAGAACACCAUCUGUUACAGAAUGCUUAAACAUUAUUUGUAUAUAAUGCUUUCUUUUUACCUUGCUGUACUUUCCAAUAAGAAUGUCCAAAGGGUUUCCACCUUGACAGACUUUACAGUUUUGUAUAUUAUAUUGAAAAGUGUGAGACAGUUUUUGUAGAUGUCUUUGAGCUAGCAUUAACUUGUUGUAUAUGAAACAUCUUCCUCAAAAAUUACAUGAAAAAUCUAGCAUCAAAGUACUACAGAAUAAAGUAAUUUAUACAGAAUAAACUAUAAAAUAAAGAUUAUGGUUUCUUUUUAA